AUGUUCUGGCCCAAGAAAGUGUUUUCAAUUAAAUUAUACCUGGCUGUAUACACAACAUACACUUGGAUGAACACACUCGCAGUGUCGUCACUGUACUCGUUGCGUGAGAUCAAUAAUGAGAAACCAUCUCUAUCAGCUUCGGAAAAUUUAGUGGUAGCUGGCGCGAGGGGAACCGGGCCGGCGCUCUCCGCCAUUGACGCGGUCGCUUACACGUUAGCCGCUGUGCGCCCUACUGGGCUAAUCGCCAGCAUGGACGCAAUACUGGCAGCGCUCGUCGCUCUCAUGGCACUGGCCGCCGCGAUGGCCGCCGUGCUCAGUACACUCUCUAAGGCGGCGAUAUUCGUCAUUCUUGCAAUAGCACCAUGUGUGUACCGAUACAAGAAACACAUUUACGUUUUCAUAAGGACCCUGCCAAGAGACGUCAAAUUCCUAUGGCGUUAUGCAAACGGCAUGAUCAGAUCGAAACGAUGGGGCCGGCAGGACGCGACGGUUGCCCAGCUGUUUACUCAGCGAGCUCUCAAGAACCCUAGUGCACCCUGCUUUAUUGUCGUUGAUGACCGAACCUGGACAUUCGGUGAGAUAGCGGCAAAAUCAAAUCAAGUGGCUCGAGUGAUGCAGGAGCACCUAGGUCUCAAACGUGGCGACGUCGUUUGCGUGUUCAUGCCCAACUGCGGAGAGUACGUGUAUACCUGGCUCGGUAUGGCCAAGGUUGGCGCCGUGUCUGCCCUCAUUAAUAGCAACCUGCGCCACAAGCCGCUACUCCAUUGCAUACAAGUGGCAAAGGCUAAGGCCGUUGUUUUUUCGGAACAUCUUGCCGAUGCCAUUGGAGAGAUUCGCCAACAGCUUUCAGAAGACCUAAAACUAUUUCAACUGUACGGUAAAUGUGCUCCUGGAGUGCUGGACCUAUGUAUCGAGAUGGACAGACAUCCGCCAGAUUACCCUGUGGUUACCGAGAAACUCCAUUACAAAGAUACGUUACUCUACAUAUACACCUCUGGUACAACUGGCAUGCCGAAAGCAGCUGUACUGCCAAACUCUAAAUACUUACUAGUAGUGGUAGCCACAGUUCAUAUGCUGGGCCUGAAGUCAUCUGACGUUAUGUAUAAUCCUCUGCCACUGUACCACACGGCGGGAGGCCUUGUGGGCACUGGAGCCGCCCUGAUUGAUGGCAUUCCUUCUGUACUUAGAACCAAAUUCUCCGCCUCCAACUAUUGGAGUGAUUGCGUCAAAUAUAAUUGCACGGUGGCGCAGUACAUCGGUGAGAUGUGCCGCUACCUGCUUGCACAGCCGCCGCGCGAUGUCGACACACAACAUCGCGUGCGCAUUAUGGUGGGCAACGGCAUGCGACCCGCAAUCUGGCAACAGAUCGUCGACAGGUUCAAAGUGCCUCAGAUAAAUGAGAUCUACGGAGCAACGGAGGGCAAUGCCAAUAUAAUAAACGUGGACAACACGGUGGGUGCGGUGGGGUUCCUGCCGAAGCUGGUGCCGACGUGCCUGCACCCCAUAGCGCUCGUGCGAGCCGACGAGCAGGGGCAGCUCGUCCGCGGGCCGGACGGCUACUGCAUACGGUGCAAGCCAAAUGAGCCAGGCAUGUUCAUCGGUUUAAUAGCUCAAGGCAACGCUUCCAGAGAGUACUAUGGAUACGUCGAUAAGAACGACAGUAACAAGAAAUUGGUUCGCAACGUGUUCUGCGAGGGAGACGCGGCGUUCGUGAGCGGCGACAUCCUGGUGUCGGACGAGCUGGGCUACCUGUUCUUCCGCGACCGCACCGGCGACACCUACAAGUGGAAGGGCGAGAACGUCGCCACCGCAGAGGUGGAGGACGCCAUGUCGCCCUGUCUCGAACAGCGCCCCUGCGUCGUCUACGGGGUCUCCAUCCCUCAGACGGAGGGCCGCGCGGGCAUGGCGGCCGUGGCGGACCCGGCGCGCGGCCUGCGCCUGGCGCGGCUGGCGCGGGAGCUGGACGACUCGCUGCCCUCCUACGCGCGCCCGCUCUUCCUGCGCCUCAUGGACGACAUCGAGAUCACCGGAACCUUUAAACUAAAGAAACUCCAAUACCAGAAGGAGGGCUUCGACCCUGACGUCAUCAAGGAUCCGCUCUACUUCCGCCAAGGAGCUGAUUUCGUCCCCAUCACACCACAACUCUUCAGCGACAUCUGCACCGGCAAGGUCAAGCUCUAA